AUAGACGUUCCGGCCGUUUUACCGUCAGAUGGUACAUCGCAAUUUGAUGAUGCAACUUUAAAAGGUAAUAAUAACAAUUAAAACAAACACAACUUAUUCAAUAAGGUAUGGUCAUCGAGUCAAUUAGGGUUACGCAAUCCUUUUAAGAGAGGCACACAAAGGGACCUGUACCGCUUAGUGAUCAUGGAACAGGAAAAAUGCAGACAAAUUUUGCAAGUCAACAAAAUGACUUUAACGUUUGACAGCCGGUUCAAACUGCUGCUCUCUUGGAUAUUUUACGCAUCUGUAUAUGUCUGGCUGCUAUUUUGUGCAUCCCUAUUGAGUUAUAUUCUAUAUCAUCAUGUUUUCUUCUUUCUGUUAGCGAUGGCGGAGGUGUACUUGAAAGAAGGUGACAACGAGUACAGCAAAGGAGAAACCAACAAUGCUGUACACUUUUACUCGGAGGGACUGCAAGUGAACUGCAAAGAUGUCAAACUAAACGCCAUACUCUAUAGCAACAGAGCAGCGGCUCAGCUCCUUCUGGGUAAGAAUUAAUCAAUCAUUCCAGUUUUGUAUUCAUUUUGAUAGAGAUUGAUUACAAUCAUCUUGAUCUUUCAUAUCAGUCUACAGUUCGAAUGGUGUGCGUGAAUGAAAACUUUCGCCGUGCUUGCAGCAACCUCAAGGUAAUAUGGGAAGGUAGCGCUGGCAUGACUGGGACAGGCUCAAUGCAUGGCCCCGUCACCAACAUCACUCGUUCUGGCCGAUUCUCUAUUCGUCCGCUGGCUAUUUGAAAGAUGGGAUAAAAUCUGACACUAAAAAUUGUGAACCUCAAAUUAGCCAAUCAGAUAUAUGAAAAUCAGACAGACCGAAAUUCAGAUGCUCUCGCAAGACUUUUUUGUUAAUUUGGCAACUUACCCAGCACUGAGAAGACAUCAGUAACUGAAACGUUUAAAGUAGACUCUAGUUCUGAAAGUUGAGAAUUUGUCCUUCCGUACUCACACCAAAUUAUUUUGUCAGGAAAAAAAUUUUUGUCAUAAUGCUCAGUAGGUGAUUGGACUCAUCUGACUAGUUGAUCAUUCAGGAAAAAAGCUUGUGCUGGGGUUCCGCAUUGUCUGAUCUCCUUAAAUCAUUUCACAACCUAAUUUAUUGUCUUAAUUUCGACUUUGUAUUUGAAAGAUCUUCUUGCAAAAGCACAAUGAAAAAUUCCAAAUUUCUCAUUUUGAAAAGUAAUCCGCCUACUCUUAUAGGGUUUUGGAUUAAGUUGUAAGUUUUGAUAGUUAAUGAAAAAGCUGCUAUAUCAUUACGUAUAUUAUAUAAACUGUGAUGUUUUACAAUGAUUACCAGGCCUGAGAGCAGCAGCACACGUGUAAAAUUACGAUGAGCCUUAUCGCCCACGCACUUUACAACUUUUUUUUCGAGGGUCGAGGAUCCUUUUUUCAUUUAUUAAUAAAGCCGACUUUUAUUGUUAUAAAUUAGUAUUAUUUUUAUAUAACACACAAAAUAAUACAUGGCUGCUUAAAGAAAUGGAACUUCUCUUCGAGUGUUCAACCCGAUAUCCUCCUCUUCCCCUGUUCUCACUCGUAGGCUAUCGUGUUGAUCACUCGAGAAAAAAUUCCAUAUCUACGCGUACCCAUGUAUACCUCUCAAUUUCUUAACCAGUCUCCAUUUCACACUCGGUCUCGAGUCUGGUAAUUUACUUUGACUGUGUACAUUGCGAGACAUUACUAAAGUUAAGAUUUGUAAGAUUGAAAUAGAAGUACAUGUUGAGUUCCUUUAUUAUCCGCAAUGCGAAAAAUGAUCUUUCUUGAUAUCAAUUUUUUUCAAUUUCUUUAAGGGGCCAGUGCAUGUGUACAACAGCACUUGUAUCAAGAAGCCAUUACCUGGUGUCAGAAAGGAUUGGCAGUAUCCUUUGACCAAUGUAGAAAAAGCCAAUUCUGCUUUGGAGAUUUCUUUCAUUUAAUUACUCAUGUAAAAUAGCGAAAAGUAGGCGGUUCCCAUAUCUUGUUGACUCUGAUAAAUAUACGAAUUCAAGAAACCGGGCGACUUGUUAUGUAUAUUAGACGGCCAACAACACCAGAAAUCAUCUUAAACAGUACUGGGUUCAAACGUUCACCUGAGUGAUGCCCUUAACUAUAUCAGCUCUUACCAUAAUGCUCAGUAGGUGCCAAACAACUCCAAAUUCCUUUCAAACCUCAUGCCUAAAAACAAAGUUCUAUAAUUCCUUUUCUCUCAUGUCCUAUCACUGGAGUUAAAACCGUCUGCCUGCGCCAUUGGCAGUGUCAUUGCCAGCUCCAGUCACCGCAAGUGUGCGGAGUCAGGUGCACAUUUACAUGUAAGCUUAUAUAUUCGUUAACACAACUAAUCUAGACCAUGAGAAUUAAGUGCACAAUUUUGCACAAUAAUGCUGGCUGUGCUUCUUACACUGGUAGUACUUCUGCUUCUACCACCCUCACCAUUACCGGUAAUAGAAGCAGUAGAGGUGGUAAUAACUGUAUUUGUAUUACUUUCAGCUAUUGCGGCCAAUUUUCAUUACACUGGAUUGAAUGCUGGCAUGAACUGUGUUGAGUUUGAAAUUGUAGUGUAAAUAGAACUGACCUAAAACUCUUUAGAAGGCAAAUUCUUUGACUCGAGCCUUUUAAGAUUAACAAGAACAAUAAGAAGUUACUUGAUUUGUGGACCGAGUGUGAUAAUCAACCAACUGAUGGCACAGAUGAAACGAGAAUUAAUCAGGAAAUUAACACUAUCCGUGACGAUACCAAAGAGAAAAUCGAGGUAAGAGAAAGUUUACGACUUUAAAAUUAAUCGAAAACCAAGAGGUAACGCGGAAAGGGACGCUUCCAUGGAAGACAGACCAGCUCAAUUUUUCCGUAUAUAUAUAUAUAUAUAUAUAUAUAGUAGUUAAGUGCACUAUAAGGGUAACCUUCUCAGUCCAUAAGCAAGUCUGGUCCAUAUAAUAAGCCAUCGAGAAACAUAAUUAAGGAUAGAUAAGCCAAGGGGAUAAAAGGUAGUCAAACAAUUUCAAUAUUUCUAAUUUUAAACUUUAGGAUAUACAAAUCAACGCUCAGCUACCUCAAACGGCUGUCCAAAAGAUCCUCCACUAUGCAAACAAUUUGCAUUUUUCUAUUGAAGCAGGGGACAAAGCUGGAGAAGGGAGGAGUUACUGCAAUCUCGGCAAUGCUUAUCAUAGGCUUGGAGAUUUCAAAAGAGCCAUCCAGUAUCAUGAACGUCAUCUAAAAAUUGCCAAAGAAGUGGGAGACAAGGCUGGAGAGGGAAAGAGUUACUGCAAUCUCGGCAAUGCUUAUGAUAGCCUAGGAGAUUUCGAAAGAGCCAUCCAGUAUCAUGAACGUCAUCUAAAAAUUGCCAAAGAAGUGGGAGACAAGGCUGGAGAGGGAAAGAGUUACUGCAAUCUCGGCAAUGCUUAUCAUAGCCUAGGAGAUUUCGAAAGAGCCAUCCAGUAUCAUGAACGUGAUCUAAAAAUUGCCAAAGAAGUGGGAGACAAGGCUGGAGAGGGAAAGAGUUACUGCAAUCUCGGCAAUGCUUAUGAUAGCCUAGGAGAUUUCGAAAGAGCCAUCCAGUAUCAUGAACGUGAUCUAAAAAUUGCCAAAGAAGUGGGAGACAAGGCUGGAGAGGGAAAGAGUUACUGCAAUCUCGGCAAUGCUUAUGAUAGCCUAGGAGAUUUCGAAAGAGCCAUCCAGUAUCAUGAACGUCAUCUAAAAAUUGCCAAAGAAGUGGGAGACAAGGCUGGAGAGGGAAAGAGUUACUGCAAUCUCGGCAAUGCUUAUGAUAGCCUAGGAGAUUUCGAAAGAGCCAUCCAGUAUCAUGAACGUGAUCUAAAAAUUGCCAAAGAAGUGGGAGACAAGGCUGAGAGGGAAAGAGUUACUGCAAUCUCGGCAAUGCUUAUGAUAGCCUAGGAGAUUUCGAAAGAGCCAUCCAGUAUCAUGAACGUCAUCUAAAAAUUGCCAAAGAAGUGGGAGACAAGGCUGGAGAGGGAAAGAGUUACGGCAAUCUCGGCAAUGCUUAUCAUAGCCUAGGAGAUUUCGAAAGAGCCAUCCAGUAUCAUGAACGUGAUCUAAAAAUUGCCAAAGAAGUGGGAGACAAGGCUGGAGAGGGAAAGAGUUACUGCAAUCUCGGCAAUGCUUAUCAUAGCCUAGGAGAGUUCGAAAGAGCCAUCCAGUAUCAUGAACGUCAUCUAAAAAUUGCCAAAGAAGUGGGAGACAAGGCUGGAGAGGGAAAGAGUUACUGCAAUCUCGGCAAUGCUUAUGAUAGCCUAGGAGAGUUCGAAAGAGCCAUCCAGUAUCAUGAACGUCAUCUAAAAAUUGCCAAAGAAGUGGGAGACAAGGCUGGAGAGGGAAAGAGUUACUGCAAUCUCGGCAAUGCUUAUCAUAGCCUAGGAGAUUUCGAAAGAGCCAUCCAGUAUCAUGAACGUCAUCUAAAAAUUGCCAAAGAAGUGGGAGACAAGGCUGGAGAGGGAAAGAGUUACGGCAAUCUCGGCAAUGCUUAUGAUAGCCUAGGAGAUUUCGAAAGAGCCAUCCAGUAUCAUGAACGUGAUCUAAAAAUUGCCAAAGAAGUGGGAGACAAGGCUGGAGAGGGAAAGAGUUACGGCAAUCUCGGCAAUGCUUAUUAUAGCCUAGGAGAUUUCGAAAGAGCCAUCCAGUAUCAUGAACGUCAUCUAAAAAUUGCCAAAGAAGUGGGAGACAAGGCUGGAGAGGGAAAGAGUUACGGCAAUCUCGGCAAUGCUUAUUGGAGGUUAGGAAAUCUGGAAAGAGCCGUCAACCUGUAUCGUUCUUGUGUCGUAAUUUUUGACGUUAUCCGAGCCAAUUUGCGGUUCAGAGAUGAUUGGAAGAUUAGCUACCGCGACAUGCAAAGAACCGCAUACACUUGUUUGUGGUGUCUUCACUUAAAACUAGAUCAAAUUUUGGAUGCGCUUUUAUCUGCUGAACAAGGACGUGCACAGGCUCUUAAUGAUCUGAUUUGUUUCAGGUAUGGGUCGGGAGGAACACAGCCUGGGCCUCACACUCCAGGGAAUUGUGAUCUUGAGGUCCUUGCAAGCUGUGCUGUUUCACAUACAGUUUUCAUGGCUGUAGAUGAUAAGGCACGCAAGAUAUUCUACUGGUUUAUUAACAGCUUUCAAGAUAUUCAAUUGAGAAGUACUGAGAUAAGUAAUUAUGGCUCGUUCGAAGAUGUCAAUACCUUUAUUGGAAGCUUAAUGAACACAGCAUCAAGAGCGUUUAAAAGAGGUGUUAUUGAAUGUGAAGAUCGCUCUCUUGAUGAGCCAUGCGCUGAAGAAUUAGCGAAGAAAAGGUCAGGUCGUGGUUAUUUCUCUCCUGAAAGCUCACCGAAAGCUGCUUUGAGGAUGUUGUAUGACGUUAUCAUUGAGCCGAUUGGUGAUCUGAUCAAUGGCGAUGAAAUUAUCUUUGUUCCCGAGAGUUCAUUGUGGUCUGUUCCUUUUGCUGCAUUGAUGGAUCCCGAGUCAAAUUAUUUGUGUGACUCUUUCCGAGUUCGAAUGACUCCAUCCCUAACUACUUUGAAGUUGAUAAACGAUUACCCAGACGACUUCCACAAUAAGAAAAGUGCUUUACUUGUGGGUGAUCCAUGUUUAGAGGGGGUUCUUUACGAGGGGAGGAAGCUCGAUCCACUGCCAUGUGCGAGAGAAGAAGUUGAGAUACUCGGGAGAAUCCUUGGCGCUGAUCCUCUUAUUGGUGAAGAAGCAAGAAAAGAUGAAGUGUUGAGGCGACUUCCCUCUGUUGCCUUGGUGCACUUUGCUGCACAUGGCCGAAUGGAAACAGGCGAAAUUGCCUUGGCGCCACGAAGUACCUGCUCAUCACUGCUCUUUGUUGAGGAGGAUUUUAUUCUAACAAUGAAAGAUGUGCUGGAUGUUCGGAUGCGAGCGAGGCUGGUUGUGUUAAGUUGUUGUCACAGUGGUCGUGGAGAGAUUAAGGCUGAGGGAGUUGUUGGAAUUGCAAGAGCGUUUUUAGGUGCCGGCGCUCGCUCUGUUCUCGUGUCGCUGUGGGCAAUUGAUGACAAGGCUACUCUCGUGUUUAUGAAACAUUUCUAUGAAGAACUGGUUACUGGCAAGCUUGCAAGUGAAGCUCUUAACCAAGCUAUGAGGAGCAUGAAAGAGUCUGAAGAGUUCAGCGAUGUGAAGUACUGGGCACCCUUUGUACUCAUUGGGGAUGACGUCACUCUGGAAUGA